GUAAUUUUUUGUAACUUUUAAUACAUCUUCUAAUAAUAUAAUAUUCGUGUCGUUAUUAUAUAAAACUAUAAGAUCAUGUCAAGUAUGGAUAAAAAGAAAACACAAGAAACUUUGGAGAAAGAAGAACUUCAGUUGCUCAGCAAGGCGGAACUGAUAGAAAAGAUAAUAAAAUUGGAAGAAGAAAAUAAGCAACUGAAAGCAGCGAGAAAUAAAAUAAAAGAAAAAUCAAAAAAUAAAGAUAUUCAUAAAUCACAAAAACCAUUUGAUUUUUCAAAGUGUAAUAAGAGACAUAUUCUUUUAAAAUUCUAUUAUCUUGGAUGGAAUUAUAACGGUUAUGUUGUACAAGAAAGCACUGAUAAUACAAUCGAGGAGCAUUUGUUUGAAGCAUUAAUAAAAAGUUGUUGUAUAGAGUCACGUGAAACAUCAAAUUAUCAUAGAUGUGGGAGGACUGACAAAGGUGUCAGUUCAUUUUCACAAGUGAUUUCCAUAGAUUUAAGGAGUAAAUUAAAUCCAGAGGAUCAAUGUAAAUUAGAAGAUGAGCUUCCAUAUUGUAAAAUAUUAAAUAGGCUGCUCCCUUCUAACAUAAGAUGUAUCGCAUGGUGCCCAGCAUCUAGUAAUUUUUCAGCAAGAUUUAACUGUAAAUUUCGAACCUACAAGUACUUUUUCCCAAGAGGAAAUUUAAAUAUAGAUUCAAUGGAUAAAGCUGUUAAAUAUACUAUAGGAGAGCAUGAUUUUCGAAAUAUUUGUAAAAUGGAUGUUGCCAAUGGUGUUACUAAUUAUCAAAGAAAAGUUAUUGAUGCAAAAGUAUGUCUGUAUCGUCGAGAUUUUAGAAAUAUUUCAGGAUAUGACGUGUGUCAAUUGAUUAUAACAAGUCAAGCAUUUUUAUGGCAUCAAAUUCGUUGCUUAAUGGGUGUUUUGUUUCUUAUUGGUCAAGGAAACGAGAAACCGGAAAUUAUUUUAGAGCUUCUAGAUAUUGAAAAAUGUCCUAGGAAACCACAAUAUAAUUUAGCUCAUGAAAUACCAUUAAAUCUUUGGUAUUGUGAGUACGACACGAUGGAGUGGUAUAUCGAUAAGGAUGAAUUGAUAAAUACAAUAAAAUUUUUACAAAGAGAUUGGACUUUGAACACAGUAAAAUCAGUUAUGAUUGAAAAUAUGUUAUCGGAUUUAGAAAAUACAACGGAUUGUAAAGAUAUGCUUUUUCAAAGUGAUUGUCUAUUACUUGGUAUACAACCUAGAGUGUAUCAACGUUUAAUGAAACGACCUACUUGUGAAAGCUUAGAAAGUAAAAUAAAACAUUACGAAAGUAAGAAAAAGAAGAAAGAAGACCCAGACAAUAGCGACGAUAAGUAAAUGUAUCAGUCCUUUUUUAAUAAUAAAAGAUUUUAAUUUUGUUAA